AAUAUAGAACCUUGUAGGCAGUAAGACAACCUGACCAAGGCUCUGUUAUAGAGACAUGAAUGUGAAGGAAAAAGUCGCGGGGCUGCCGUUUGGCUGAAAAACGAACUACAGAUUGCACCAUCGUCAGAAUGAGCGGAUGUGUCAAAGAGGACGCGCUCUCCCUCAGCUAUGUUUGGUCACGCAGGGACACCAUAGGAUGGACCUUGACCACAGCUGAUUAGGUGCUGACUAGUUCGAGUUAGUUAGUUUACAUCUGGAAUAAAGGUUUGUAUCUGUGCAAUUCAUCUCAGCCGCGCUGGACAAGAGACUGAUACAUCACUUUUUGUGAUGGAGGGGGACCAUAUAACCACCCUGUCUACUCCUGUAAUGGUUGUGGAUGUUGAUGUAGUGAAGAGGAAUGCUGAGAAAAUGAGAGAACACUGGACCAAGCUGGGAGUCACACUUCGACCCCACAUGAAGACACACAAGACCCUUGAGUGUGGUGAUAUAAUGACAGGUGGGUCUAGGAGUUGUAUCGUCGUGUCAACACUGGCAGAAGCCGGUUUCUAUGCCGACCACGGAUAUGACGACAUCCUGUAUGCCUACUCUGUGCCCUUUGACAAGGUUGAGCGCUGUGCGGUGCUGGCAGAGCGUCUGUCUCUGUUCCAGGUGUUGUUGGACCACAGAGAUGCUCUGGAGCAGCUGAGGAAGAGACCACUGACAGACGGGCGGGUGUGGCACAUCUGGCUCAAACUGGACUGUGACAACGGAAGAGCGGGUGUUCUGCACUCGGAGCCAGAGGCACUGAGAUUGGCCCAGGACAUCUCUGAGUCAGAGGGGGUGGAGCUGAUGGGGGUGUACGCCCACUGUGGGAACACCUAUGGCUGCAGAGGGGCGGAGCAAAUACGUGCUGUUGCCCGUGAAACAACCACCCUCGUACUGCAGUUCAUGGAGAAACUGAAGGCUGUGGGAAUCAGCUGUAAAUCCAGUAUAGGCUCCACCCCCUCCUGCAGCCAGCCAAUCAGUGACAUGGCCAAGCUCAGCGAGGUGCAUCCUGGGAACUACGUCUUCUUCGACGUGCAGCAGUCUGUGAUUGGUUCGUGCGGUCUGGAGGACGUGGCUGUCAGGGUUCUGAGCAGGGUUAUAGGUCACUCUCCUCACAGAAACCAGCUGCUCCUCGACUGUGGCUGGUCUGCUCUCAGUCUCGAUGGAGCUGGGAAACUGCCCACUGGAUACGCUGUUAUAGAGGGACAUCCUGACCUCAGGUUGUUGUCUAUGACCCAGGAGCAUGGCAGAGUGGAGCCUCUCUCAGGACAACUGGACUACAGCAGAUACCCCCUGGGAACACUGCUGACUAUUAUACCUUACCAUGCUUGUGCAACAGCCAUGAUGCAUUCUGUGUACUACGUCCACUCUGGAGGUCGGCUGGUGGGAAAGUGGACACCCACACGCGGCUGGUGAUCAAAGGAGCAUUAUGGGAAAUGUAGUACUGUGUGGGUGUGUAGUCCUGGAGGGAAUCAGCCUGAGCAAAGAGCUGGACAGAAUCACUAAUCACCUUGAAGCUCAAAUGACUUAUGUGAUGUUGGGAAAUGUCCUUCCUAUCUUUCCUGAUGUCAUCGUUUCUAUUGUUGUCCGUCCUGCAUUGGGGCGGUAUUAUACAGCUGUCACUGACACUAAACCAUGUUUUACACUAAUAAAUUAUAAAUUAACCACUUUCCUUAAA